AGAAGACUCGUUUUAGCACCUCCCACGCAGCGUGCAAUCAAGACCCAAGAGUGUUUGAGGUUCUCGUGGAUUGCGGGAUGGUAUAUAAGGACAGCCACGAAGCUCUUAUGCACAGUUCCCUUGCAGCUUAGUUGCCGCGGGGACCCUGUACACCUGACUAGCCUACAGAAUAUUGUCGAGAUGCGCGUCGUGGUGGCCUGGGUGCUGCUGGGAUUCAGCUGCGCCGCCAAGCUCGAGGAGAAGGGCUGGGACUCCGACCCGAAGCCCGUGGGAAGUUACUUCAAGGCGGAACUGCCCUCGGGCGAGACCUACUCCACCUUCGCCGGGUUUGGGUCCGAGGACGACGUCAAGAAGAGCGGAACCGUCCAUGGUUCCGCCUUUGCCUCUUCUGGAGGAGGUGGUGGAGCGGUCAAGAACAGCGGAUCAUCCACGAGCGUAAAAUAUUCGACCAGCACGCACUCCUUCUCUGCUGGAUUUGGUCCUGGGGCCACCAAGGCUGGAGAUGGUUUCCAGGGGUCGUCUGUCACUUCCUCCACAGGUGCCGGUGGGAAUAACGUGCCCGGAGGCUCCAGUAUUUCCCAUUCAGCCUUUUCAGGAUAUUCUUCGGGAAGUAGCAGCCAUUCAACAAAGGGAAGCUUCCACAAAACUUCCUUCUCCAGUGGAACGAAGCAAGGCCCUUCAUCAGGUUCAUCAGCUGGUGGCCAUGGGUCUGCCUCUGGGUGCUGUGGCUCACUUGGCUCAGGAAGCUCCUUCUCCUCCAGCACACAUAUCACUUCCGGAUCACCAGGUUCUCCAUCUGGUUCCGUAGGAGGAAGUACCUUCACAUCCAACACCCACAGUACUGCUGGUACAUCCGGGAGCCCAUCCGGUCCAUUUAGAGGGAGUUCCUUUACAUCAAACACACAAAGCUCUUCGGGUCCUGGUUCCUCCCCUUCCAGUUCUGGCACAACUCGACCUGGUUCAUCAGGGUCUGCUUCGAAAUUCGGCUCUGGUUCAUCGUCUGGUACUACUGGUUCUCGCCCAAGUUCCCCUGGUGCUCACGGGGCUGCCUCUGGGUGCUGUGGUUCACCAAGUUCCUCGGGAAGUAGUUUCUCCUCCAACACUCAUAUCACUUCAGGAUCACAAGUUUCCCCGUCUGGUUCUGUGGGAGGAAGUAGCUUCACGUCAAGCACCCACAGCACUGCCGGUAAUCCUGGAAGUCCAUCCAGCUCUUUUCGAGGAAGCUCCUUCACCGCAAAUACACAAAGUUCCUCAGGCCCUCUGACAUCUCCGUCUGGAACUGUUGGGGGCAGCUCGGUUUCCUCGAGCACCCACAGCGCAGCCGGGACAGGAUCAAGUCCCUCUGGAUAUAGCUAUCAGUCCCCAUCCUCCCCUUUCAGUAGCGGCGCUUCUCGCCCAGGUUCUCCUGGAUCUGGUUCUACUUUCGGCGCUCCUGGUUCACGUCCAGGUUCACCUGGAUCUGGUUCUCCAUUUGGUGCUCCUGGUUCUCGCCCAGGUUCUUCUGGAUCUGGUUCUCCAUUUGGUGCUCCUGGUUCUCGACCAGGUUCCCCUGGUUCUAGUUCAACUGGCAGUGGUUCUGGUGACUCUGGAUAUGAGUAUGGUUCACCUUCACCCAGCUUUGGGAUAGGUUCUAGUUCUCGCCCAGGUUCCCCUGGAUCUGGUUCUACUUUCGGUGCUCCUGGUUCUCGUCCAGGUUCUCCUGGAUCUGGUUCUACUUUAGGUGCUCCUGGUUCUCGUCCAGGUUCACCUGGAUCUGGUUCUACUUUAGGUGCUCCUGGUUCUCGCCCAGGUUCUCCUGGAUCUGGUUCUACUUUCGGUGCUCCUGGUUCUCGCCCAGGUUCUCCUGGAUCUGGUUCUACUUUCGGUGCUCCUGGUUCCCGUCCAGGUUCACCUGGAUCUGGUUCUACUUUCGGUGCUCCUGGUUCCCGUCCAGGUUCCCUGGAUCUGGUUCUACUUUCGGUGCUCCUGGUUCCCGUCCAGGUUCACCUGGAUCUGGUUCUCCAUUUGGUGCUCCUGGUUCCCGUCCAGGUUCCCUGGAACUGGUUCUACUUUAGGUGCUCCUGGUUCCCGUCCAGGUUCUCCUGGACUGGUUCUACUUUCGGUGCUCCUGGUUCCCGUCCAGGUUCUCCUGGAUCUGGUUCUACUUUAGGUGCUCCUGGUUCACCUGGAUCUGGUUCUACUUUCGGUGCUCCUGGUUCCCGUCCAGGUUCUCCUGGAACUGGUUCUACUUUAGGUGCUCCUGGUUCUCGCCCAGGUUCCCCUGGAUCUGGUUCUACUUUAGGUGCUCCUGGUUCUCGUCCAGGUUCCCCUGGUUCUAGUUCUACAAGCAGUAGUUAUGGAUAUAGUUCAUCUUCACCUAGCUUUGGUUCUGGUUCAGAGCUAGGGUCACCUGGAUCCAGUUCUUCUAGUGCUCCUGGUUCUCGUCCAGGUUCUACUUUCGGUACUAGUGGUUCUCGUCCAGGUUCACCUGGUUCUGGCUCUACUUUCAGUACUGGUUCUCGUCCAGGUACAUCUGGUUCUACUUUCGGUGCUACUGUUUCGCGACCUGGAUCUUCAGGAGCUGGGUCUGGUUCUAGGAUUCCUGGUUUCUCUAGUGGCAGUGUCACUCUUAAUGUUAUAGAUAGCUCUGUCGAUAAACCUGGGUUUGGCGCUCAUCGGACUGGCUUUUCCGCACCCUCUUCAUUCGCUGCUGGUGCACCUGCCUCAGGGUCUGGAUCUUCACGUCCUGGUAGUCCUUCUAAACUAGGUGCAAGUGGUACUGGUCCUGGUAGCCACAGUACUGGUGCGUCUAGACCAACCUCCUCUGGUCCAGGAUCCACUGGCUUUGGCUCUGGAUCUUCCACUUUCGGCAGUUCUCGUCCGGGUGCUUUUGGCUCCGGCUCUUCAAGACCUGGCUCGAGCAGCACUCAGAUUACUUCGUCAUCAACCUUCGGCCAACCAUCAGGCUCCGUGCAUGCGGGAUACUGCCCCGCCGAGACCAAGCAGUGUCCGACGGGAAAUCCACCCAAACAGUGCAUUAACGAUGACUCCUGUGGCGCUACCGAGAAGUGCUGUUUUGACACCUGUUACCACCACCCUGAUCAUCACUGGGUGUGCAAGCCAGCUAUCGAGUGGUAGAUCAUGUAACUGGCCCACAUGUGUUACAUUAGAUUAAAGGAUGACCAAAUUGGGCUUUUCCAAAAUGAAGAGACGAUGCAUGGACAGUGUACUAUUCAUUGGGUUUCAUGGUGUGCUGAAUAAUUACAGAAUUAUUUUGAUACAUUUUACAUGAAGCAGAUUUCAAAAGGCCAUUUUUGUAUUGGUAAUAAACAAAAACUGAAUUGGACAAAAGAACACUAUAUGCAUUAAAUUUAACCCUGAUAAGUCUGGGUCGAGACCUCUCAAGCAUUUAGCUAACCUGAAGGGCAUGUAUUUCUUCGGUCGUGUAACUAAGGUGUCUGGCUUUAAUAAAACUGAAUGAACAAAAUCUACGCCUUUACUUUCUUCUGACAAAUGUAGCAUAAACACACAAACAUACCCGUGAAAGAAUUCCUGAA